AUUGACCCAGUUAAAAAUUGACACGUGUUUUAUUAAAUGGAUCCUAGCCCGUAAGAUAUAACCCACCCGAUCCAAUACGGGUGGUGCACCAGAACAACACCAACACAGUCACAACACAUUCAUCGAGUUUUUCUUCGUCUCUCACCAUGGCAGCUUCUUCGCUGUUCCGCGUUAUUCAGAGAGGUUCCAAUGUUAUCAAAUCCUCGUAUGCUGCUACCUCGUUUUUGGUCUCUCCCAGGUUAGUUGGGAGGGGUCAAUUGUAUUGUAUUGGUUCUCCAUUGAGGGAUUGUGUGCCUUUUGAGAAGCAAGGUUUUUGGUGGGGUUUGAGGGGGUUGAGUUAUGGGAAGGUUAAUCUUGUGAUAAGGGAUGGGAAGACAAAGUUUGAGACUCAUGAGGUUGAGGCUCCUAGGAAAGAUAAGUGGAAGACUAAGAAGAGGUUGAAGAUGCAGAGGAAGAGAGAGAAGGAGAAGAGGAAAGCGGCGAAUAGGAGAGAUCCUCGUCGACUUGGUGUUAAAGGGAAGAAGAAGAAGCAGAAGUUUGCUAGUCCUGAAGAGAGAAUCAAGUUCAAGAUUGACAAUGCGAGAGUCAAAGAAGCGUUGCUCAUUGAAAGACUCAAACGAUAUGAAGUUGCUAAAGCACAUGGUCCAGAUGUAAAACCAGACGGCUUGACGGGGGAGGAACGGUUUUAUCUAAAGAAAAUGGCUCAGAAGAGUUCUAAUUAUCUUCAAGUUGGAAGAAGAGGAUUAUUUGGAGGGGUUAUUCUCAAUAUGCAUAUGCAUUGGAAGAAACAUGAGACUGUUAAGUGCAUAUGCAAACCUUGUAAACCUGGUCAAGUACAUGAGUAUGCACAAGAACUUGCCAGAUUGAGUGGCGGUAUUCCAAUUCACAUCAUUGGUGAUGACACUAUAAUAUUUUAUCGCGGAAAGAACUAUAUACAACCUGAGGUUAUGUCGCCGGUAGAUACAUUAUCCAAGAAAAAGGCACUUGAAAAAUCAAAGUAUGAGCAAUCACUCGAGUCAGUGAGACGCUUCAUUGCUAUUGCGGAGAAAGAAUUGGAGCUAUAUCAUAGACAUGUUGCACUUUAUGGCGACCCUAGCAACCGUAAUCCCUUAUCUAUACUCGACGGUCCUAGUGGAAGCUCCAACGAAAAGAGGAAUCAUGAUGAAAAGAACCUUGACUUGAGUAGCUAUUAUCUGUCAGAGACAGAAGCAGAUUCCUCACAGACGGACCUAUCAGAAUCCGAAGAUAACUUUGAAAAUGGAAACUUGUCAACGAGUGAAUCAGAUUCUGAAGAAGAAGAAGAAGAAGAAGAAGACAGCAUGUUGGGUUCGGAUGAUGAUGAUGAUCAAGAAAGAGAAGUAUCAACAUCUAAACAUACCCAUCAUCUCAAGAAUCAACUUAUAUCUUAACAAAUUCCCUUCUCUGGAGAUUAGUUAUAUAUUUUUUUAAGAGCUGCAUAGAGUAAACCAAACCAAAAUGUACAUACAAAAUUUUGUUUAUAAAAGGAGAAUUUGUUGACCA